UUACCAUAGUUGACGGUGCGCCUACGUCACCGAGAUUGACGUACAGUGCCAGCAGUGAUGAGAAAAGAAGCCUGUGCCAGAAACUUAAUGUGCUUAACAUCUGAGUGAUUUGCGAGAAACAACUGACAGAUGGACACCAGAAAACAUUAUGAAAGAUAUUGAUACGAUAGAAGUGGUCAAAGAUGACUUGUGGUGUGAGGGGGCUGAAAAUGAUGACGAACAGCCGCCCAUGAGGCACAGCUUCUCAGUGGAGGACCUGCUGGAUGAGGUGGAGAAGAUCAGCAGUGCUGCCUCAGGGAAUCAGAAGGUAGAGAUGGUGGUGAGGCUGUGGAAAGAUGGCUUCACCGUAAAUGAUGCAGAUCUCCGGAGUUACACUUUAGAAGAGAACCAGGAGUUCCUGGAGGCCAUCAAGAGAGGGGAGCUUCCACUGGAACUGGAAUGUAGAGCAGGAGAGGAAGAGUUGGAGGUGAAUGUGGAGGACAUGAAAGAUGAGAUGUACGUCCCCAGGAAGAAGACCUUCUACCCAUUCUCAGGGAGGGGGUACAGGCUAGGCAGUGUGGCUCCGAGAGUGGUGGCCAGGUCCCGGUCCGUGCACGAGGACGCCAGCGACCCUCCACUGCCCACCGUGGAGCUGAAGGAUGGCCAACCUGUCACCUCACUGCGGAUCUGGCUGGCCGACGGGAGGCGCCUGGUGCAGAAGUUCAACCUCUCUCACCGGAUCAGCGACGUGCAGGACUUUGUGGGUCAGACCCAGACGACGGACGCGCCCUUCAUCCUGACCACGUCUCUGCCCUUCAGGGAGCUGACGGAGGGGAGCCUGAGCCUGAGCCUGGAGGAGGCCGACCUGAGCAACGCCGUCAUCGUGCAGAGGCCCCUUAACACACACGCCCCCUUUGGACAUUCCUGACUCCCAGGCACCAGCAAAUAACACACACACACACACACACACACACACACACACACACACACACCAACACCACUCUCACUUGCCUCCCAUGUCUGUCUCCCACACACCAGCCUCCUCCCUAGACAAAGGGAUGAUGCACAGAUAUUCUGAAUUCAGUCGAUUCUCUCUCCCUCUCUCUCUCUCUCUCUCACUUUCUCUCUUUCUUUCUGUUCCAUUCAUUAUUCUUCGUGGACAUGCUGCUCAAGUGGACACACACAGACACAUGUACAUGCACAAACAGAAAGUAUUCAGGCCAUAUCCUCUACUACCAACGCCAGCAGCCCAGCCAGUCUUCUAGCGCUUGCCCUGUCUUGUUCCACGCCCUUCCCUGCCUAACCCCAAAUGCUACACAAGGACUUCACUUCAGUCGGAGGACUGUCAAAUGCAGGUCAUCAACAGGGCUUCCCUUGAUGUGGUGCGGAGUUAGCACCUAGCCACGGCUUUGUAUCACACUGUGUACACAACCUUAAUGUGAAACAGACACAAAUAGCACUGGAGAGCGUUGCUGAGCCUGCUUCAAUAACAGCAAGGAAUGUUAAAACUUUAAGUAUGUGUCCAGUCUGCAAUAUAAGACAAGUUGUGUAUGUCAAAGAAGAAUGAAUGGAAAUAUGUAAAAUCAUGGCGUUAUCUUGGGAUGUGUUUGAUUGUUUAGUUGCUUGUGGGGUGUUUUUUUCUAAUGUUAUGGGGGUAUUUAUUGUCUGCUGUGUCAGACAAAGAAAUCAUGCACUCUUUUUGCGUUCUUCUGGAGGAACAAUGCCUGCAAUUAUAAAGGAACCCAAACAAAA